UGUAUUGAAAAGUAUUUUCCGCGACUGAAAAAGGCAUGUGAUCAGGAUCAGCCUGAACUGGAGGUAUCAGUCUGAAACAGAGCUGAACAGUCUGACCAGCGUAAUUAGUUAUGUUAUUAAUUUGUUUACAAUAUUUUCAGGCUUCAAUCAGUGCUGCUUAGGCAGAAAGACAGGGUCACUGGGAGAGAAAGCGAGAGAUCUGUUAGGCAUUGAAGAAAGAGUAGGAAAGGAGGACAGCAUCCAACAGCGUGUCCUCCUCAGUUUUUGAUACUUGAUUGUUACGAAAAUAAGUAUUUCACCCUUUCAGCCUAAACCUAACUAAUGCAAUGAACAAAGGCAACAAGUACCAGCCAAUCAGAGGCAGAGUGGGGCUGGUCAUGCCUUGGCCAUCCUAGGAAACACAGUUUUCUGUGUGUGUAAAUCCUGCCCUCUGUGAAGCAUUUAAAAAAAAAAAAAAAAAUCUUUAUUGACAAUAAAGCUUUCUGAUCCGUCUGUGCAGUAGAUCAAAGGAGAGGAGACAAAGUAGUGCGACCAUAAAUGACAGCAAAACGCAGUAGACUCACGCUGAGCUGAAAUGGAAACCUUGUGCUGCAAACGUCUUUCGGCUUAAUAUAAAGGCGUUAUUCUGUUACUCUACAGUAUUGGAAGAAAAAAAACAGAAGGAUGUUUGCUGAAGGGUAAUAUCCAAGGAGUCACAUUCCCUCAACCCAAAGUGACCCCCCUCCCUUUUUUUUUUUUUUUACUACCAUCUGCACUUUUGCAACUUCCCCUUGCUUGACUUUGUGUGACCUGUCUUAGGUCCUUUCUGUAUGGGAUUUCAUGGAAUGCAUGCAUUCCACAGUAGGAUUAUGUGAAUUCAUUUUAAAUUGGACAAUCCUCCUCCUGACACCCUCCUGACUAAAAGAUAGGAUGAGUCAAAUUUGAAGAAAUUACAAUGUGAUCGGAUAUUGACUUCCUGCCCAUCUGAGAUUGCCACCUCAGUCUGUAGGAUUCUCCCUCUGGUUCCAACGCUUGUUCCCUACCUGCAGCCUUUUCCACGACCCCAUCCCUUUUCUAGUGUCAUUGGGCCAUGGUUCGCAAGAAAGGUUCUCUUAUACUAUGCGGUGCUUUCCUGUUUGUCGCCUGGAAUGCUUUGCUUCUACUUUAUCUUUGGGGUCGUCCUCCCAUUGGCCGCCUCGGAGAAGGUGGUGGAGCGGAACCAGGAGGACAGGAGGAGUGGGGCGUGGGCAGAGGGAAAGGAGGCCAGGUCAACCUGGCUGGGGAGGUGAUCCGACUGGCAGAGGAGGUCGAAGUUCAGCUUGAGACCCAGAAAAAGCUACUGAAGCAGAUUGAAAGUCACAGGGCAGUGUGGGCUCGGCAGAAAGAAGUCGGGAAAAGAGAAACGGAGGAUAAAAAAGAUGUCAAACAAGUGGUUGUCCACCAGCCACAGAAGCCUUCGCUUCCUCCAAAAGAGAGUGUGGAUGAUCAGGACCAAACUCAAAUAAAGCCUACACAGAAGCCUGUUCAUACAGUAGCUCCAGACUCCAAGUUAGAGCAGCUCCAGAACAUAAAAAAAAAGGAAGAGAUUGGUGUGAACAAUGAACUGGCGACUUCGGUUGCCGGCCCAGAUGUUGUCAUACCCAUCCUAGUUAUUGCUUGCGACAGAGUGACAGUAAAACGGAGCCUCGACAGACUGAUACAAUACCGCCCUUCUCCAGAACAAUAUCCGAUCAUUGUCAGCCAAGACUGCGGCCAUGCCGAGACGGCUCGUGUGAUCAGCUCUUAUGGUGAUCAAGUGAGGCAUAUAAGACAACCGGACCUGUCGGACAUCAGAGUUCGGCCAGAGCACAGGAAGUUCCAGGGCUACUACAAAAUUGCCCGACAUUACCACUGGGCACUCAACCAAGUGUUCUACAAGUUCUCCCAGUCUACUGUGGUCAUAGUGGAAGAUGACCUGGAGGUGGCCCCAGACUUCUUUGAGUAUUUCCGAGCCCUGUACCCCAUCCUGCGCGCUGACCCCACCCUGUGGUGUGCUUCAGCCUGGAACGAUAACGGCAGAGAGGCCUUGGUGGAUCCCUCCAAAGCCCAGGUCCUCUACAGAACGGACUUCUUCCCCGGUCUAGGCUGGAUGCUGCUGAAGGAGUUAUGGGAUGAACUGGAGCCCAAAUGGCCCUCGGCAUUCUGGGACGACUGGAUGCGUCAACCGGAGCAGCGUAAGGAGCGCUCCUGCAUCCGGCCCGAGAUCUCCCGGACUAUCACCUUUGGCCGCAAAGGCGUCAGUUUAGGUCAAUUCUUUGACCAGUACCUUCGCUACAUUAAGCUAAACACUGAAUUUGUGCCUUUUACCAAACAUGAUUUGUCUUAUUUGCUAAAAGAGAAUUAUGAUGAAAAGUUUAUAAAAGAGAUGUACAGCGCCCCACUGGUGAAGAUUGAGGACCUGCAACAAGGGGGCAGCUUAAAAGGCCCUGGACCGUACCGGGUGCAGUACUCAAGCCGGGACAGUUUUAAAGUCUUGGCUCGAAAUCUGGGGGUGAUGGACGACUUGAAAUCUGGAGUUCCUCGUACAGGUUACAGGGGCAUAGUGGGUUUCCUGUUCCGGGGUCGGAGGGUGGUCCUGGCUCCACCAGAGGGCUGGACGCAGUAUGACAUCAGCUGGAGCUGAGACACUGGUCCACACUGUACUAUGGGAAUGGUGUUGGAGAGGGGACACAGCCUUACUAAGAGGGACACCCUCUCAGACCAAAGAAUAUCAGCAGACUCAGUGGUUCAUGAAGGAAUGAAAGCAGCACAGAUAGAGCUGCACAUCCAUGGAGCAUGGAGUGUUGAGCCAGGUCGCUUUGUUAGGGAAGCUUUUAAAAGAGGGUGUUCAUUCAGGAUCAUCAAGUUCAAAGGUCACACAGAAUUUACAGAGCGUGUCAAAUUGUUAGGAAAAGAAAGUUCCACCCUUAAACACAGUUUCAAAACAGCUAUUGGCAAUGUGCCUUGCUUUCUGGGCCCAUUUUGUUUGGUGUAUUUUUUAUUCCUUUUGAAUAAGUGGCCAAAUAUAGACUUAACAUUUCAUUCAGAAGUUUGCAACAGCGGUAAAUGGAGUAUGGUAGCAUAAAAUCAUUUGAACUGUGAACAGAAAGGGAUUGUUCCAGUGUCUGAGAUAAUACACUGGAGGCCAGACACAAGCAGAGUGGUCAUCUCUAGAACUUGGGAGAAAAACAGCGUUCUGUAUAAUAUCUUUGGUCAUUUUUUUACAUGUUGCAAAGUUUGGGAAAUUGAUCCAACUCGUCAGCUCAUGUUACUGUUUAAGUCUAUACGCUAAUCAGAAGCAGGAAAAUGCUUGGUUUAUACGAUGUUUUUGGUGGUAAACCGAGUCCUAGCCAUGGUGGUUAACGUUAAAGAUGGAAGAGACAUCAACUUCCCAAAAGACAGUGAACUGAUCCAGGGCCAGCUAACUCUGUGUCACUGUCCUGCUGUGCUAUCUCCCGGAGCUCUGGGCGACUCAUCAGAUCUGUUCUGGGAAUGUUGAAAAUACCAGAUCAUAAGACACCUAUAAGGUGGGGACAAACGAUGCCAGGUGGCUGCAAAAUAAUCAUUUUAAUUUACAUAGUAUGUUUCCAAAAACAAGUUUACAAAGUGCUUUACAGACAUUAACGGAAAAUAAACACAAAAUAGAAUAUGUUCAAUGCAGCCAUGAAAUGGAAACCUAGAUAAAAGACAAUGAGUACAAAUCGUUUGUUUUAUGCUUUUAUUCAUGUAUUCUUAUUUUAUGAAUUCAGUUUUUAGAAGAGGACAGAGAGGUAGCUUGUCUAGGCCUCCACCCCCUGUCUCCAGCCUCGUCCAUGCUCUGUUUGGACUGUAGUAGAGGAGACCUUUCUUGGCUAAAGUAAAUCAUGUGUUUUGUUGCUUUACACCCGCCUGCCCAUGUUUUAGACCUAGACCUAGACAUAAAGUUAGAAACAAGGCUGAACAAAGCGAGGCACAAAUAAACAGAACUGUUAUACAAGCAGGUGAAAACUCAUUGACUAAGUUCAUUGACUUGUCCAUGUUCCGGGAGAUAACAGCAGAAUCAUGACGUGUGAUCAAACGGUCCUGAAUCCCAGCUACAGCUUCACUAGAUCAGAACUCACAGGAGAACUGCUGGACUUCCACAGCGGACUACGUUUGUGUUGGGGACUAUAUAAUAGCCAGAAAGUAAAACCACUAAAACCCCCUGACACCCCUGACAAUGGAGUUUUUCCUUAACGCUAAGCACUGCUGUCCUUAGAUCAGUUCAUGAACUUAGCCUUGAAAGUGGUGUGAUGACCGUGCAUGACACUAAAUCAAAGCAGAGACAUGAUUUCGCAGUGUUUGGGGGUCAGACACUAUGGGCUAAACUUCACUUUUCAGUUUUUGGGCUAUUUUGCUAAAAUGUCUUCUGUCAGACUAGUGGGGGAAAACCUCCAAUAUAUGCAUUCAUGUGUUUAUUUGAUCACACUUUGUCUAUUUGGGUCUGUAGAUUUCUCCUAAAUUCACCAAAAGUUAGCAUUAGACAAUGCCUCAUUUGCAUAUUUAUACAUAACAUUUCGGAAUACUUGUAAUAAAAAAAAAUGACUGUUUUAAUGUAAGUAAUCAACUGGGGCAGUUUUCAUGCGGAUAUAAAAUAUUUCACCGUAUCCACCUGUACGGUCUUCAGAAUUUGGGAAUUUGGUAAUCCAUAUCUUUUAAAAGCCGUUUUACUCUGAUCCAGAACUCUCCACUUCAGUAGCUCUUCCAUACAUGUUUUCCACAUGUAUUCCUGUCUGUAUUCUGAAGGUUUUAACAGAGGGGUUUGUUCACAUAUCAAUUAUAGCUUGAUUUAUGUAACAUUUUAUUCCUAAAAAUUAGAUUUUUUUUUAUGGCUGUUGACAGUAUGUGAUUUGUGUAAUAAAAAGAUAUCCAAAAUCCCCUCUGUAAAAACCUUUGACUCUAAUAGGUUAACAAAAUGAAACGAACAUUUUGAACCUGGCUUUAUGUUUAAUUUCUGUUCUGGAAAUGUAUGCAAAUUAGCACAUAUUUAACUAGAUGUCUUAUUUGCAUAUUUCAACAUAACAUUUCAGAAAACGUAAUGUAAAAAAUAAUUUCAUGCUGGUAUCCGAUGCUUCAAAUAUUUAUUUUUAGUGUCUCCAGUGUCCACUUCACCCUCUGUAUGCUUCCAGUGUAGUCGGUCAGAGCACAGUUAAAGCUAUGGUGGGUAGUUACGGCCCCCCCAUGAGGAAUUCUAAGUAUUGACAACAACACUGUCUGCGCAUCCACGUGAUACAAGCCUUGCGUGAUUGUGCACCACCCCCACCACUCCUCCACACAGUUACUAGUAGCCAAGGAGGACACAGAGGAUUAAAAAAACAUGGACUCUUCAGAAGAGGUCAUUAUCUUCACUCGGUUUUCUGCGCGGGAAAGUCG